AGAGCUUGCAAGCCGCCGCCACAGCUCCUUGGAUCAUCCAUACGAUUUCUCGCUGAUCUCCAACCCAUUCCCACCGCCCGAGCACGGCAACUCGCCGGCCGCCGGAAAGCUACGGGAAACGGUCGCAGCCGCAGGGUUGUGAGCAACUGAGCAGAAUGGGGAUCGCAAAGGAAGAAGACACCAAGGGGAUAAAGAACCACCAAGACGAGGUGGAAGUAAUGGAGAUGAAGGUGGCCAAGUUCUCGCGGGGCAAGGCUGCUAACUUGGCGAAUUUGCGUGACAAGAAAUUGAAAGGACAGCUGACUGGAAAGGAGAAACUGAUUGGGCUAUCUGCCAAGGCUGCCGCUCAGACUGAAAAGUGGUUUCUGCCUAUCGAGGGGGGCUACUUAGAGCCUGAAGGUUUCGAGAAGACAUAUAGAUACGACCAACAAUCUAUUGUUCAGGAAGUCGACAUUUCGAGUUCAAAAAAACCAUUUGAUAUGAUCUUGCCUGUUCUUGGUCCUUAUACUCUUGAAUACACAUCAAAUGGUCGCUACAUGAUAGUAGGUGGACGAAAAGGCCAUAUUGCUAUGAUGGAUAUGUUGAAUAUGGAUCUCAUCAAGGAGUUUCAGGUGAGGGAAACUGUGCGUGAUGUGGCAUUCUUACACAACGAUCAACUCUUUGCAGUCGCCCAGAAAAAGUAUCCAUACAUAUAUAAUCGUCACGGCACAGAAAUUCAUUGUCUAAAGGAACAUGGUAAAGCGCUGAAACUUCAGUUUCUGGAAAAGCACUUUCUGUUGGCAUCGAUAAACAGCUUCGGGCAGCUCCACUACCAAGAUAUGAGCACUGGUGAGAUGAUUGCAAACUACAGGACAGGUCUUGGGCGCACGGAUGUUAUGCGGGUAAAUCCCUACAAUGCUGUCAUUGGCCUUGGACAUGCUGGUGGCAAAGUUACCAUGUGGAAGCCAACCAGUGUGAAACCACUUGUGACAAUGCUGUGCCACAAUGGCCCCGUGACUGCUGUUGCAUUUGACAGGGGCGGUCACCUUAUGGCAACUGCAGGUGUUGACAGGAAGAUUAAGAUUUGGGAUAUGAGGAAGUACGAGGUUGUGCACUCGUACCCUGCACGUGCUCAGUCCUUAGAUUUCAGCCAGAAGGGGUUGUUGGCUGGCAGUAACGGAUCUCUAGUAGAGAUAUACAGGGAUUGUGGAGGCCAGGAUUAUAAACUCUAUAUGAAGCAUAGAAUGGUGAAGGGAUAUCAGGUUGGUAAGGUUCUGUUCCGCCCAUACGAGGAUAUCUGCGGGAUUGGACACUCCAUGGGUCUCUCUGCCAUUCUAGUUCCUGGAUCAGGUGAGGCGAACUUUGACACCUUUGUUGAUAACCCUGUGGAGACUGCGAAGCAAAGGAGGGAGAAGGAGGUGCAGGCACUCCUUAGUAAGCUUCAGCCGGAGACUAUCAUGCUCAACCCGAAUAUGAUUGGUAGCGUAAGACAGCCGAAGAAGAAAGAGAAGAAGACCAAGAAGGAGAUUGAAGAGGAGAUUGAAGAUGCCGUGGAUGCCGCCAAGAACACCAGGGUGAAGAAGAAGACCAAGGGUAGGAGCAAGCCCAGCAAGCGGGCCAAGAAGAUGGAGGAAGUGGUCCUGAGAGCCAAGAGGCCUUUGCUGGAUCAGUACAAGGAGAUCGAGGGACAGCCUGACAAGAAACAGCGGGUAGGCGAGAAGACCGAGCUGCCGAAAGCCUUGCAGCGGUUUGCCAAGAAAGGGCAAUCGUGAUCUUGUUUUAUCGCUAGUAGUUUAUGUUGUAGUAUGAUGUAGCUGGCAAGGAGUUACUACUUCCAUGUGAACUUGCUACAUGAGGCAAUGGUGCCAAAAAGGAUGAAUUGGAAUUUUGUACUCGACUAUCUAUAUUCCUGUUGGGCAUUGCCUCCAGGUUGGAAUGCAUGUCACUCUUUUUGUUAAGUUGGCAUCCUUUUAUCUUGUAUGAAGAGGUGUUGAGGCU